CGGUGCACCCAGUGCCCGAUCUGGUAACACUGCCUGAAUGCAGUUGAAAGGCGCUGCCCUACUACUGACAACGGAGGAUAACAUGGCUUUGUUGUCAUCGUAAAUGAUGUGCUGUGUCGUGUCGAGCCAAGUGAUUUCUAUUAAUAUACUUAAUUAAAUUAAUGAAAGCAUGGCAUGCACUUGAGCGGGUCACUAUUUUACUCAUCAACCUAGAUAGACAUGUCAUUUUCGGUUAACGUUCGAGUAAAGUGAAAGCUAUGGCUGGUGCUAUACAGGAGGUUAGAGAUCCUCUGUCAACAGACAGCAAAGGAUACAUUGCCGCGAAAACAUCUAUAUCGUACGAAGAGAUCGCUACCAAGCUUUUAAACGAAAAGUUCUUAUUGACGGCUUUGGAAUUGCACGCGGAAUUAUGCGAAGCCGGAAAGGAGCUACCUGUUCUGAAGGAUUUUUUCUCAAAUCCAAGUCAUUUUGAAAGUCAAAACAUUAAGCCAGAACCGUACACUUCUAUGCCUAGAUCCUCCAGUCAGGCUACUUUAGAUUCACUUGACAUGACAAGGUAUUCAGAAGAUGGUGCAGGCAUGGAUGAAAGAGUAGCAAUUUUGGAAUUUGAAUUGAGAAAGGCCAGAGAAAAUAUCUCUGCUCUUCGUGCAAAUCUUACAGUAGUAACAGAAUUUGAGGGAGUUAAACCUGAUAAAUGUUCGGAUAAACACUUAGCUAAUGAUCUACCCAUAAAGCCUCACGAACAAAGAGCUCUAAACUUCCUUGUUAAUGAAUAUUUAUUAGCUCAUUCUUACAAAUUAACGUCGAUCACGUUCAGCGACGAAAAUGACAAUCAAGAUUUUGAAGAUUGGCAAGACGUGGGAUUGAAUAUUCCAAAGCCUGCAGAGUUAUUGCAAAUGUAUAGGGAAUACAUGAGGGCUAAUGGAUAUGACAAAUCGCCUUCUACGAGCGUUAGCGUGCAGACGGAUUUCUGUAUAGUACAGUCAGAGGCAGAAAAGGAUGAGAUCAAACAAAUGGUAAAAGAAAUUGAAGAUCUGAAACAACAAAUAGUCUUGUUGGAGCAAGAGAAGGUGAACUUGCAACAAAUUAUUGCCGCAACAAAUGAAAAUCUAUCGCAAAAUCAAGUUAAGCAAGGUAGUAGUGGAACGAUACAAACGAUAAAUUCGAGUUCUACCACUCCCGAUAAGUUUGAACUCCUAGAAACGCCGCCUCGCGAUACGUCUACCACGACCCAAGAACCGGAGGAAGACGAUAGCGUGUCCGUUGUCGUUAGUCUUGGUGAGACUGACCCCGGCGACAAGGAAUGGACAAGAAUUCAUUUACCUAGAGUGGAUGUCACAGAAGGAUCAUCUACUCUACCGAAUGCACCAUCUAGACAUCUACCGGUGAAGUUUAAGAUGGAGGUGAACGCGCAUUGUUUAGUCAAUAUCCCAAGUUCUAUAGCUUCCACGACGGAAGAUAUUUUUAAAAAUGGAGUCACACGCGACACUCUCGUUCAGAUCUUAGCACAAACCUUACCUCGUAUCGUGCCCAAUGUCAUACUAAAUAAACGCGAAGAAGUAAUACCGUUGAUAUUAAGCGUGAUUCGACUUCAUACUGAGUCUGCGGAAAGAGAAAAAUUGCUACAACUUUUGUUCAAUCUUAAGAAGAGACCACAGGAGGAUGAAAGACAAUUGAUAUUAACUGGUUUAGUUACAAUGGCAAAACUUGAAGACGAGUUGAUAGAGGAUGAAGAAAUAUUGACUAUAUGUUGGGAACAAAGUCAGCAUAAAUAUCCUGAAAAGAGGUUGUUAGCAAUCGAAUGUUGUUCCGUAUUAGCUCCGUAUAUGUCGGUUGGCAUAAGAAACUCUUUGAUGCUCUCCAUGCUACAACAAAUGUUACUCGAAGACAAAGAUCCGACAGUCAGAGCAUGUGUAGUCAGAAGUCUUGCAUUGCUUAUAGCUUUAAUGGAUGAUCCUGAUAAGUACUUUCAGUGCGAGGAAUUAGCAUUAACGGCACUUCACGAUACGUCGUCUAUCGUUGUAGAUGUCGCGUCUUCUUUACUUUUACCAAUAUUAGCACAAUGGGCAUUAUCGUUAAAGAGAUUGCAAACGCAUCUAUUGCCGCGUAUUAUAUCAAAGGUAAAGAAUCAUUUGAAGUCUGGACAUUCACAGCACUCGCCCAAUAAAGAUCAUAUCGAUGAAGGAAGAACAGUGUCGUCGAUCGGAGUAUUGCAAUAUUUGCUCCCGCAUAUGGUUGUAUGCGUGGCGGACACCGACACAGUCAGAGCGUACAUCGAACAUGGAAUGUCAUCAGAUUUGCCCGAUGUAUUCCUGAAUCUGUGUCAUUCUAAUAUCGUCAAUCCAAAAGUAUUUUACGACGGGGAUGUAGAUGUAGGAGCUCUUCUAAACAUAUUUUUUGCAAACACAUGGGAGAAUGAUGUAUGGCCAGAAUUAGAGUGGUUCACAAACACAUUGAUAACAGAAAUUUUGGAAAUGGUUAAGUCCAUAGAAAUUGCACAAGAAACCAUUUUACACGCUUUUUUAACGUACAUACAUUAUUUAUGUUUGGGUUUCGGGCGAUACAUCACGCAAACGCGGAUACAACCGAUAUUUGCAUCCGAUGUGGCCGAACUCGAGCAACAAUUAACGAUACUAUCAGCGGAUAAAAAAAAUAUGUGUUUGACGUUGAUACCGACAUAUUUAAUUCUCUUGUCCACGUUAAAUGGCACAGAGGUUUCUAAGUCUUUAAAAGAGUUCCUUGUUGCUUUAUCUAUGAGCGGAACCAGUAUUACUAGUUUACAAAUCGCAGUAAUUAUGUUGUGUGCCGAAGAGCAUAUGCAAGAGUACGUCCUUAGUGGUUUAUGGGAUGGGGUAGUGCACCAAAGACCUAUUGUAAGAUGCGCAACUGCAACAUUAUUUGGUUGCGUAAUAGCUCAUGUUUCCGAUCGGUUAGCAAGCACUAAGGUAGUUCCAGCAAUUAUAACACUCGUUAGUGACCCUGACGUAACUGUUCGAUCCGCUGCAAUUCCCUCGCUUGGUCGUUUGAUAACGGAGUGUAAAGUAAGAGAGAUGCGCGACAAAGCGCGUUUAACUUUGGAAACUAUUGCUAAAGAAUCUCAGGGUGCACCUCCAACUUUAUCACUUCCGUUGGUCUCAACGUUAGCAUUUAUUGCUCCGAAUUGUCCUCAAAAUUACAUCGAAGACGUUAUAGCUACGCAAUUAACCGGAAUCGUUUCAUCUGCAUUGCAACAAGGUCGAAGAACCGAUCUUGUCAGCGCUUUGGUCGAAGCAUAUUCUGUUUUGGUUUAUUGUCCGCUCAGUAAUCAGUGUGUUUCUAGUGUCUUAUUGCCAGGCUUGAAACACCUCGAGCAAUUAGUUAGCCAACAAUUACCUCAACAAAAAGAAGCGGUACGGUCACUUUUAAGGGAAGCAGAAUCUCGACAGGAUCUUUCAAAACCAAUGGAAAGGUCGUUAUCGAUGAGUUCAGGCCUUUCGUUAACAAUGGCCACCGUAAAUGUAGGACAAGGUGUAGAAGACAUGAGACAAAGAGUGAGCAAGAUAUUUCAACAGAAAACAAAUUCACCAAGCAUGUCAAGCAUUUUUCGAAAAAAAUAAAACAAAUUACUCUGUUUUUUUAAUUCCAUUCGUGGGCUAUUGUUUCUCGCUGUAUUUCAUAAAAAAAAAUUCUUUUAAUUUUAUCUCUUCAAUACUCUGGCAUGUGACAAUUUUUGUACUUAUGAAUUUAACGGUACAAGGUAAUGCACAAAACUUAUAUCGAAUCGGAAUAUAAUAUUACGUGAGUAUUCGUUAACAAUUAAGAUAUAAGUUUGAAAACAAAACUUAAUUUAAGAUUAGUAAUGAGCAUCGCUAUAGGAUGAUGUGCCUUUCAAGAUACAAUUUAAAAUCAGAGGAUUCACGAAAUUCAAUUUUCUUUUGGGGGUAUUAGAAAUUAAAGGAUGUGGCGUAAGAAUCAAUAAAUAAAAUAUUGAUUUCGACUUUCGCGUGCACAAGUAAGUAUAACACUGAUACUGAAAUAAUUUUAAUACGCUUUGUGUAAUUACUUAUUUAAAAAAAAAAAGAAAUGACAUUAAGUGAAAUAUUAUAGCUUGUUAUUUAUGUUAUAGAAGGUAUAGCGAAUUUAUUAAAAGAAAUCUCAAACUGCUGGUCUGUAGAUAUUUUAUGUAUUAUAUUGACUUUGUUUUUUUUUACGAAAAGUUUGGAGUGUAUCCUGCCAUAAUGCGACAUGAGUUUAAAUAAUUAAUAUUUCCUGUAUUUUAAUUUGUAUUGAAGUAUUUUAUAGACAAAUUAAUUACUUAACGAAUUGAUUGUGAUUAGCGAGUGUUAAUAUCGAGACAAUUUCAGUUUUGUACACUUUUCCUACGUUUAAACGAAAAUAGUCUUUAGUUUUACCAUACCUAUGAUUUUAUGUGAUACCAUAGAUCUGUUAUUAUUCACCAUAUGUAUAUUUGUACUUAAAUCGAUCUGAAUGUAUGUACGUGCAUCGCUAUUAUUAUUUUUUU